ACCCUGAAAGGUGGGCGCGGGCAGGUGGGGUGUGGGGGGGCGCCGGGGCAGAAGGGGAGGGGCAGGUGGGUGCGGGACACAGGCCGGAGUGAGAACCAGGGGCCGGGGUAGGGGGUAGGAGGCUCGCGAUGCCUCUACACAAGUAUCCCGUGUGGCUCUGGAAGCGGCUGCAGCUGCGGGAGGGCAUCUGUUCCCGCCUGCCCGGCCACUACCUGCGCUCCCUGGAGGAGGAGCGGACGCCCGCUCCCGUGCACUAUAGGCCUCAUGGGGCCAAGUUCAAGAUCAACCCCAAGAACGGGCAGCGGGAGCGUGUGGAGGACGUGCCCAUUCCCAUCUACUUUCCCCCCGAAUCCCAGCGGGGGUUGUGGGGCGGCGAGGGCUGGAUCCUGGGCCAAAUAUACGCCAACAACGACAAGCUCUCCAAGAGGCUGAAGAAAGUGUGGAAGCCACAGCUGUUUGAGCGAGAGCUCUACAGUGAGAUCCUGGACAAGAAGUUCACAGUGACUGUGACCAUGCGGACCCUGGAUCUCAUCGAUGAGGCUUACGGGCUCGACUUUUACAUCCUCAAGACCCCGAAGGAGGACCUGUGCUCCAAGUUUGGGAUGGACCUGAAGCGAGGGAUGCUGCUGCGGCUUGCCCGGCAGGACCCCCAGCUGCACCCCGAGGACCCCGAGCGGCGGGCAGCCAUCUACGACAAGUACAAGGAAUUUGCCAUCCCAGAGGAGGAGGCAGAGUGGGUGGGCCUCACGCUGGAGGAGGCCAUUGAGAAGCAGAGACUUUUGGAGGAGAAGGACCCUGUACCCCUGUUCAAGAUCUAUGUGGCGGAGCUGAUCCAGCAGCUGCAGCAGCAGGCACUGUCAGAGCCGGCGGUGGUGCAGAAGAGAGCCAGUGGCCAGUGACCACACAGCUCCUCCAUGCCUGACCAACAGGCCCAGCCUUCCCUGCCAGGCCCUUUGCACUGAGGACACAGAUCCCGGGGAGCUGUGAGGGCCACCGGUGGGCAGUGGGUGGAUCCUGGUUUUGUGUGCUGCCCAUGCACCUUCCAGCCCGGGGCCAGCUUGGCAGGGAUCCCCAGGAGGCCUGGGCCGCCCAGAGGCUCCUCUCAGGCUGGGCCCCCACGUUUGCGGCAGUGUUCCUUGUGCCUGUGGGGCCGGGAGCGAGUAAAGUCUGGGCCAGGCUG